AAAAGGCUAGGUACUACAAUGGACAAAUGAAAAUCUUUCCUCUAAAAAACACAGACGGAUCUGAAUUGCUUAAGAAAGCAUACACGAAAUUGUAAAAAACAACAACAAAACAAACUUCUUUAGGAGACUUUUAUACAGUUAAAGUAUUCACAAACCACAGUUUCAUCUACGUCAAUACGCAACAUUUUAAAACCACACAAAAAGGAAAGGAAAUUUUUAGUACAGCCAGCAACCCUGCAAUGGGGCUGCUACUGCUGUGGCUAACCGAACAGCUGCUGCUUCUCUAAAGACUUACAGCUAGGCCUGCUGAGGCUCAGAGAAGAUACCCUCAGAAUUUUGAAGUGGUUUUGAAUGUGGCUUCUGCGAUCUGACUGUCCGGGUUGGAAUCCUGGCUCUAUAACUUACCACUUAUAUAACCUUAGAUUGUAUGGAUUUUUUUUUUUUUAAUUGACAGAGUCAUCCUCACUUUCCCUCAAGAUGACAAACAGUUCAUUCUUCUGCCCAGUUUACAGAGAUCUGGAGCCAUUCACUUAUUUUUUUUAUUUAGUUUUCCUUGUUGGAAUUAUUGGAAGUUGUUUUGCAACCUGGGCUUUUAUACAGAAAAACACAAAUCACAGGUGUGUGAGCAUAUACUUAAUUAAUUUGCUUACAGCUGAUUUCCUGCUCACUCUAGCAUUACCAGUGAAAAUUGUCGUCGACUUGGGUGUGGCACCCUGGAAGUUGAGGAUAUUCCACUGCCAAGUAACUGCCUGCCUCAUCUACAUCAAUAUGUACUUAUCAAUCAUCUUCUUAGCUUUUGUCAGCAUUGAUCGCUGUCUCCAGUUGCUUCACAGCUGCAAGAUCUAUCGAAUACAAGAACCUGGAUUUGCCAAAAUGAUAUCAACUGUAGUGUGGCUAAUGGUCCUUCUUAUAAUGGUGCCAAACAUGAUAAUUCCCAUCAAAGUCAUUGAGGAAAAGUCAAAUGUGGGCUGUAUGGAAUUUAAAAAGGAGUUUGGAAGGAACUGGCAUUUGCUGACUAAUUUCUUGUGUGUAGCAAUAUUUUUAAAUUUCUCAGCCAUUAUUUUAAUAUCCAACUGCCUUGUAAUUCGACAACUCUACAGAAACAAAGGCAAUGAAAAUUAUCCAAAUGUGAAAAGAGCUCUCAUCAACAUACUCCUAGUGACUGCAGGCUACAUUGUAUGCUUUGUUCCUUACCACAUUGUCCGAAUCCCAUACACCCUCAGCCAGACAGAAGUCAUAUCUGACUGUGCAACCAGGAUUUCACUCUUCAAAGCCAAAGAGGCCACACUGCUCCUAGCUGUGUCCAACUUGUGUUUUGAUCCUAUCCUGUACUAUCAUCUCUCAAAAGCAUUCCGCUUAAAGGUCACUGAGACUUUUGCCUCACCUAAGGAGACCAAGGCUCAGAAAGAAAACUCAGGAUGUGAAAAUGAUGCAUAAAAUAUGGGAUUUUUCAUGUUAUCACUUCUUGCUUUACUCAACCAUAAAUCUCCUUACAGUUUUAAGAGAGAAAAAAAGAAUCUCCAUAAGAAAAAACACAGACAGCUAGCAAAUGUGGACUGGUUUACUUAAAAAGUCUGUUUCUAAAUGCAAGCCAAGACUGUACUCAUAUGGUUGUUGAUAUUCCUUAACUAUUUGUACAAAAAACUAGAGUCUUGUUGAACCAAUGUAAAGCCCUGCAAUAUCCUUGAAAUCCAAGAGAUCUGUGAUAUAGAUUCAGAGGCAUUCAUGAGGUAUUCAUUAUAUGCCUGGAACUGACUUCCUGAUAAAAAUAUGCAAAAUAACCGCCAUGUAAGUUGCCAGAAGCCCUUCAGCGACACAAUUUUAAAGGCCUUUAGAUGACUUUUCUUUUUAAAUAAAUGCUUACAUGCAA